AUGAAAAGCUUCCAGCAAAGCUGGAAUAGAAGUCCACCUUCCACCAGUUGGCUCUUUGAGGUGUGGUUUGGUGAAGCAUUUUGGGUUCCGGCUGCAAAGCCCUCUUGCCGAUGUCGACCCGGCAACCAGAAUACCAUUGUGCGGACGUCGCAGAUCGUCGAAAUUUCUACUUUCGCCGUGAAGCAGGGACUGCCUAUUCUUGCCCACCGCAGCAAAAAUCUCCAUCCCCACGUCCGUACCGUCCGAGUAGGGCACAUGUUACGAACGGGUCUGAGGCCGAAAAGAGGCGAUUCGCAGGCCCCGACAACAUAA